AAAGCCGGCUAUCAUCCUGUACGGACAAUCCACUCUCUCUCUCUCUCUCUCUCUCUCUCUCUCUCCGCCUUCUUCGAGCAGGGUUUCGGCGAUCGGAUUUCGAGCGCCAUUUAAAGAAAUUUCUCUCGCAUCAAAGUUUUUCGAGGUGGUGCGCAUUUGAUUCUUCUUAAUAACAGAUGCAUCUCUUUCCAUUCUCUCCCCAGAUUGCGCAGCUUAUGAAUUAUUAGAGUGAUUAUUGUUGCUAUCUGUUGGAAAUUUUGGUAUUGGGAAUUGAUAGUUUUGAUCUCCUGGUGUGGAAUGGGCUGCCUGCUCCUAUUUGAGCUGUAAUUAUUAAAAAGAUUGAUCUUUGCGCGCUGGAUGAUUGUUGUUGGAUUGGCCAUGGUACUUGCAAUCAUCGAGAGUUCAAAAUAUCGAAUUCGUCUGAUGUUCGUGUUCUUCAGAAAGUUAUAGGCCGUUGAUUAAAUGAUACAUAUCCUUCGGAAGAGGCGGCUUUGGUUCUGCUACCGAAGUUCCUUGCUGCCUUUUUUCUGUUGGUGUUGUCUGUCACUGGAGUAGAAAGAAGGUGCUUCCUUGGAUAGAUUGAAGGCUGAAAGGUAUCUGGAGCUACUGAGAGAAUAGUUGUUUCUGUGGGUAGUUAAGAGAAGUAUGAGGAAAAAUGGGGGCCUUCACUCGGGGAGGGCAUUUAGUGACAGAAGAUGGCUUCUUCCCUUUUUGGCAAGCGUGCUGGUCUCGAUUACUCUUUUCUUAGCAAUGGCUUUUGGGCUCCUUUCCCCUCAAUACAAUGGGGAUUCAUUGUCAUUAGACAUUGUCUCUUUUACUAGUUUGGAUGAUUCCGAUGGAUACUUUAUAGAGCCAGAUUCCCCAAAGCGCUUCGAACAGCCUUUAGUUCCGGAAUCUGAACCACCACGUAUAGCUUAUCUUAUCACUGGUACAAAGGGUGACAGUCUAAGAAUGAGAAGAACUUUGCAGGCUAUAUAUCAUCCAAGAAAUCAGUACAUUUUGCAUUUGGAUAUGGAGGCUCCCCCUCGGGAAAGGAUAGAGUUGGCCAUGUAUGUUAAGGGUGAUCCUAUGUUUAGUGAGCUUGAGAAUGUACGCGUGAUUGCAAAGGGCAACUUGGUGACUUACAAGGGGCCUACGAUGAUCGCUUGUACACUUCAUGCCAUUGCGAUUUUGCUUAAGGAGAGUUUGAAGUGGGACUGGUUUAUAAACCUCAGCGCCUCAGAUUAUCCUCUUAUGACACAAGAUGAUAUACUUCAUGUUUUCUCUACCUUACCAAGAAAUCUUAAUUUUAUUGAGCACACACAAAUUGCUGGGUGGAAAGUGAACCAACGGGCAAGACCAAUCGUUAUUGAUCCAGGUCUUUAUUUGUCAAAGAAAUUUGACAUUGUUGUGACUAAUCAACGCAGGGAACUGCCAACAGCUUUUAAAUUAUACACUGGUUCCGCGUGGGUGAUGCUGGCUCGGCCCUUCCUUGAAUAUUGCAUAUGGGGAUGGGAAAACCUCCCCCGAACAAUCUUGAUGUACUAUGUAAACUUCAUCUCCUCACCGGAAGGCUACUUCCACUCUGUCAUCUGCAACUCUGAUGAGUAUCGAAACACAACGAUAAGCCACGACCUGCACUACAUUGCUUGGGACAACCCUCCGAAGCAGCAUCCCCGCUCCCUCUCCACUAAAGACUUUGGCAAGAUGGUUAAGAGUGGCGCACCUUUUGCUCGGAAAUUUGCAAAGAAUGACCCUGUCUUAAACAAGAUCGAUCGGGAUCUUCUUGGCCGGUCUGAGGACCAGUUCACUCCAGGUGCAUGGUGCAUUGGGAAAUCAGACGGCGGGGUAGAUCCAUGCUCCUCGAGGGGAAAUGCUUCUGUGUUCCUGCCUGGUCCAGGUGCUGAAAGGCUGCAAGAGUUAAUGAAGAAGCUGCUGGCUGAAGAUUUCCGCAAUGGAAGUUGUUCAUCGCUGCGUUACGAUCAGACCAAGAGAAUGUGGAAAGCUCCUUGAUGUAUAUGGUUCAUUACAGUUUUCUCAAACAACAGGAGCAGGCACACGUUCUUGUCCAUUAGAGGCCCUUUUGUAUUAUAGUUCAUCAUAUCAACGAAGGCCACACGUUUGAGAGCCACAAGAAUGCAUUCAUUUCCAAGCUGAUAUUGAAGGAGAUGAGAAUCAAACCCACCAAGGAUGAAUAAAUGUAACAUAGCUUGUCAUUGCUACUGGCUAGGAUGUUGUGGUUGGUCCUUAGUAAGGCUGCAAAUGGAUAGGGUUGAUCCGUGACCCAACCCGCCCUGUUUAGAUCUGUUCUGAUCCGUUUUAAAGGACUCAUAGGGUUGAGUCGGGUUCUAAAAUUGAACUCAUUCUAUUUUUGGGGACAGGUUUGAGUUUUCUGAAUUCUGAACCGAUCCGAUCCAAUCUAUUUGAAAUUUGAGCAAUUUUAAGUUCCAACUCUAUGAUCCGACUCAAACUCGGUAAUCCAUUUGGGCCAAUAAACUAUUUGUGUAAUUAGACUUAUA